AUGGCAGCAUGCAGCCACAACAUAUACAAUCAUCUUCAGGAGCUUUACCUUGAUAACGCGAAUAAGGAAGAAUGCCACCGCACCAGAAAAUCCCAUGUGUAUCAUGGUAAGUGUUAUAGGAAAUGGAAAGUUGAAGUACUUCGGAGAAAGAACCCACUGCAAUCAAUAAGUCAGUUUCAGCACUCCAAAUGUCCUCUCAAACAAGUGGCCUCUACAGCAGGUCUCAGGAGCUUCCCACUUGAUAAAUUUGGAUUAUCCAGUAUUGAAAGUCAAGGAUCAGACAGAUGUUCCAAUAAUCAGUUCCAGACGUUCAAAAGUAUCACCAAAUUGCAUCUGCUUCUAACCAGAAACAGAUGCGCCAAGCCUGAAAAGGCUGAGCUGAUGAGCAAGGACCUUGAAUUCAACAAAAAAAUGGAGCCCAAAAGUAUGGAGAAAUUAUAUGCACGAAACUCGACUUUUAAUACACAUCCUCUUCACGAGCGCGCAGAAAAUACAUGA